UUAUCACCAAUCGCCUGUUUGGAUAGAUCCAGACUAGUGUGGGCAGUACUAUCAAGAACGAUUCUACAAGACUAUGGCUCGCAGUAAGAAUAAAUCCCAGCCCGAGUCAACUAAUAUCAAGGACUUGCAAUCACCUCAGUCUACAUCGCAGUCCUCUCAUCAGUCUCUCAAGGCUGGCCAACAAGGCUUGCUGUAUCGUGCUGUAACUUCUCAGAGAGAGCCUUUGAUUCCCACUGCAAAUGACGAUGCUGUGCUAGCAGACUCGACUUGUUUGGCAUCCGAUGCUGUUGCUCCCGGAGAACCGUCUGAUGCUCCCAAAACUAGAUACUCUCAUACUUUUCGAAUCCACAAUUCUAUUAGAGCAUCCCCGCUUUCUAAAGAGUCCCUAGAGCAAAAUUUCCGUGGCUUUUUCAACUUAUCAAUGCUGCUCUUGGGCGUUUCCAAUCUCCGUCUGAUUGUCGAAAACUUUCAAAAAUAUGGAUGGCUGUUGAAUCUCCCUUCAAGUGGAUUUAGUCUAACUGAUGUGCACAUGGCAAUCUUGUCGAUUAUAUUUCAAAUUUUUAACGUCUUGGUUGCAUUUUCGGCAGAAAAAUGUGCUGCUCAUUAUCAAGAAAAUACAUAUGUUUUAUGGUUUAUUCAAGCAGUUCAUGCUGCCAACAUUUCUGCAACAAUAAUUGUCCCAACUUGGAUUUCAUGGUCAUUUAUCUGGCAUCCGGUGACUUCCUCCAUUCCAUUGUUUCUUGCAACAACUUUAUUUCUCAAAUUAAUAUCGUAUGCCCUUGUAAAUGCAGAUCUACGACACGAUGUUAGUAAGGACAAGUCAAAGACUGCAGAAGAUAUGGUAUCGCUUAAACACCAGCCACUUACUGGCGGGCAUAGUCAAAAUGUAGAUGCCAACAUCAUUCCAUAUCCGGAAAAUAUCAAUCUCGACAAUAUGCUCUAUUUUAUUGUCGCGCCUACUCUGUGUUAUCAGCAAGUCUAUCCUCGCACCAAGCGUAUUCGAAAGAUGUUUUUGUUUAAGCGAUUUGUUGAGCUUUCUACUUCGUUGGCAGGAAUGUUUUUUUUAACAAUGCAGUAUGCAGCACCUACUCUGAGAAAUUCAAUCGAGGCACUUGAAAACAUGGAUAUGCUUCGUCUUCUGGAACGUAUGCUCAAGCUAUCUGUUGUCAGCGUUGUAAUAUGGUUGCUCAUGUUCUGGUCCUUUUUUCAUUGCUGGCUUAAUAUUCUUGCAGAGCUCACAUGCUUUGGAGAUCGACGAUUUUAUCAACCUUGGUGGAACGCUCGCGAUAUUUCCGAGUAUUGGCGUCUAUGGAAUUCACCAGUGUAUAACUGGGGGAAACGACACAUUUACCUUCCACUUAUAUUAAACCUGGGAUUUCAUCCCUAUGUGGCUCUUGCAGUUGUAUUUUGCAUUUCAGCAUUGCUUCACGAGCUGCUGGUUGCAGUACCUACUCAUUGUCUCAAUGGGGUUGCAUUUUUAGGCAUGAUGGGACAAGUCCCCCUUAUCUUUAUUGUUGGCGCUAUUUUCACUACCUGUCGAAAGGUGUUGGGACGCCCCAAAAAUGAUGCUCUUUUUGACACUAUAGGAAACUACGUGUUUUGGAUCACAUUUACUAUUGUGGGGCAGCCAGCAUGUAUUCUUGUGUACUACACACAAUGGUUCAAGGCCAACAAUAGAUAG